UAUAUAAUUUGGGGGGAAGGAAUUUGACCAUCAAUUUUUAUAUAUGCCAAAUAGCCCAGAAUCACUAUUUGGGAGGGAUCUAUUGUCAAUGUUAGAAGCAAAGAUAAUAUUUGAAAAAGGUAGAGUAAGAUUGGAAUUUCCCGAGGAGAAUAUUGCUAAGCUGUUUGUAGUGAAAGAAGUAGAAGCAGUAGAAAUACCACAAGAAAUAGAGCAAGCUGUAGUACCAUGGGUAUGGGAAACAGGAGUACCUGGAAAAUCAAAAGCAGCACAACCGGUUGUAAUAGAACUAAAAGAAGGAGCCUCCCCAGUAAGGGUAAAACAAUAUCCUUUGAAAUUGGAAGCACGAAUAGGAAUAGCACCCAUGAUUGAACAAUUUCUUAGCUUAGGAAUUUUACAGGAAUGUGAGUCAGAAUUCAAUACUCCGAUAUUCCCAGUUAGAAAGCCAAAUGGUAAGUAUAGAUUAGUUCAAGAUUUAAGAGCAAUUAAUAAUAUCACUAAAGAUAUACACCCAGUAGUAGCUAAUCCGUAUACAUUGUUGACAGCUGUGUCGGAAAAAUUUAAGUGGUUCACAGUGAUUGAUUUGAAAGAUGCAUUUUUCUGUAUCCCCUUGGCACUUGAAAGUAGGAAAUACUUUGCCUUUGAGUGGGAGAACCCAGACACGGGACGCAAGAAGCAGCUCACCUGGACGCGUCUACCACAAGGAUUCAAAAACUCACCAACUAUUUUUGGAAAUCAAUUGGCUCGAGAGUUAGAAGAAUGGAAGAUGACUCAGGUAAAAGAAUCACCUUGUUUAUAUGUUCUCCUACAAUAUGUUGAUGAUAUCUUUAUAGCCUCCGCAGAAAAGGAUGUUUGCCUUAGACUCACCAUUGAAUUACUUAAUAUGCUGGGACAAGCUGGAUACCGAGUAUCGAAAGAAAAAGCUCAGCUGGUAAGAACCCAAGUGAUUUACCUAGGCUGCGAAAUUUCACAAGGGGUGCGAAAGUUAGGAAUCAAUCGAGUACAAGCAAUUUGCACCAUACCCACACCACGAAAUCCGCAAGAGUUAAGAUCCUUUUUGGGCAUGAUAGGGUGGUGCCGCUUGUGGAUUCCGGAAUUUGGACUGAAAGCAAAACCCCUAUAUGAAGCAGCCAAAAAGCCCUGGUUUCAGUGGGGGCAAAUGCAAGAAAAGGCAUUUCAGAGUUUGAAACAAGCUCUAAAGGAAGCCCCAGCACUAGGAUUGCCAGAUAUCACAAAACCUUUUCAACUAUACGUAAAUGAGAGACAGAGACUGGCAAUAGGGGUUCUCACCCAAAAAUUGGGUUCAUGGAAGCGCCCGGUGGGGUACUUCUCAAAGCAGCUAAACUCUGUAAGUGCCGGAUGGCCCAGUUGUCUUAGGGCUGUGGCAGCAACAGUGCUUCUAAUUCGAGAAGCCAGAAAAUUGACUUUGGGAAAAAGGAUGGAAGUAUUUGUUCCCCAUAUGGUCAUUGCAGUUUUGGAACAAAAAGGGGGGAUUGGCUCUCGUCGAGUCGCAUCAGAAUUUCUUAGGAGCAGCAGCCAGGAAGAAGGAGGCGAAUUGACACAUGAUUGCGUAGAAAUCAUUGAACAGGUGUAUGCCAGCCGGAAAGACCUGAAAGAUGAGCCUUUGGAAAAUCCGGAAUGGGAACUGUUUACAGAUGGAUCCAGCUUUGUGGAAAACGGAACCAGGUAUGCGGGAUACGCAGGAGUGACUUUGACACAAAUAAUAGAAGCUCGAGCUUUAACUCCGGGAACUUCAGCCCAGAAAGCCGAGAUACAAGCUCUGGUAAGAGCCUUAGAACUGAGUGAGGGGAAAAGAGUAAACAUUUGGACUGAUUCAAAAUAUGCCUUUGGAGUAAUACAUGUACAUGGAGCACUGUGGAAAGAAAGAGGACUGUUGAAUUCUCAAGGAUCAGAAAUUAAGCACAAAGAACAAAUAUUAGCACUAUUGGAAGCAGUGCAUAAACCUCAGGCAGUAGCAGUGAUGCAUGUAAAAGGACAUCAAAAUGAAGAGGGAAAAGCGUUCCAAGGAAACAAGCUGGCUGACAGAGUUGCCAAACAGGUUGCUCGAGAGGUAUGGACACAAUUAGCUUUAUUGCCAGUGCGAAUUAACCCUGCCACUUCUUUUCUUGAGCAGAAACCAUGGUAUACACAAGAAGAUGAGAAGCUUGCUCAAUUUGUUCAGGCCCAGAAGAACGAAAAAGGAUGGUAUGUCACUGCUGAAGGUCAGGUUGUACUGCCAACAAAAGUAAUGAAAACAAUUUUAGAAAUCGAACAUAACAAGUGCCAUUGGGGAGCAGACGCAUUGGUACAAUUUUUAAAACGUAAGGUGAUUUCCAAUCAGAUGUUAACAAUGGCAAAACGGAUUAACGCCAUGUGUCCAGUCUGUAUUAAAAAUAACCCAGUGACACGAAGGCAAAUACAACUAGGAAAGUUACAAGUGGGGCCGCAACCAGGAGACUAUUGGCAAAUAGAUUUCUCAGAGCUACCAAAAGCACAAGGGUACCGUUAUUUACUGGUGUAUGUGUGUACCUUUUCAGGGUGGCCAGAAGCCUUCCCAUGCAGGACUAACCAGGCAAAGGAAGUAAUCAAAACUUUACUACGGGAAAUCAUCCCUAGAUUUGGAAUCCCAUUAGGGAUGUCCUCAGACAGAGGACCUCACUUUGUAGCUAGAGUAGUCCAAGAGGUAGCCAGAGUGUUAGGGAUAGUUUGGAAUCUCCACACGCCCUGGAGACCACAAUCUAGUGGCCAAGUAGAACGAAUGAAUCAGACAUUAAAAGGGCAGAUUAAGAAAAUUUGUCAGGAAGCAAAGAUACAGUGGCCUCAGGCACUACCUCUAGCCUUGCUAAGAAUCAGGAUUAAACCCAGAGAAAGGAUAGGAGUAAGUCCAUACGAAAUUUUGUAUGGCAAACCAUAUCAUGCUACAACUUACAAAGGGGACCCUCACUUAGUAGGAGAUCAAGCAUUGUUGAGUUACAUUUUGUCUUUAAAUAAAGUCCUUACAGCGCUGCGAGGAGCACUGCAGUGGAACCGGCCCCUGCCCUUGGAGAAUCCUGUCCAUGACAUACAGCCAGGAGAUCAAGUAUAUGUGAAGAACUGGAAUACGGAACCCUUGAAAGAAGUAUGGGACGGUCCUCACCAGGUGAUCAUGACUACCUACACGGCAGUGAAAGUCCAAGGGAUCGAAAACUGGAUUCACUACAUUCGAAUCAAGAAGGUCCCGUCAAGA